CGGCGGCGGCGGCGGCUGAGGUGGAGGCCGAGGGAGGCGGCGGCGGCGAAGGAGGCGGCGGCGGAGGGGGAAAGAUGGCGGCGCCCGUCUUGCUGAGAGUGUCGGUGCCGCGGUGGGAGCGGGUGGCCCGGUAUGCCGUGUGCGCCGCCGGGAUCCUGCUCUCCAUCUACGCCUACCACGUGGAGCGGGAGAAGGAGCGGGAUCCUGAGCACCGGGCCCUCUGCGACUUGGGGCCCUGGGUGAAGUGCUCCGCCGCCCUUGCCUCCAGAUGGGGUCGAGGAUUUGGUCUUUUGGGUUCCAUUUUUGGAAAGGAUGGUGUAUUAAACCAGCCAAACAGUGUCUUUGGACUUAUAUUUUAUAUACUACAGUUAUUACUUGGCAUGACAGCAAGUGCAGUUGCAGCUUUAAUCCUCAUGACAUCCUCCAUCGUGUCUGUGGUAGGUUCUUUGUACCUGGCCUACAUUCUGUACUUUGUGCUAAAGGAGUUUUGCAUCAUCUGCGUGGUCACCUACGUGCUGAACUUCAUUCUUCUUAUCAUCAACUACAAACGACUAGUUUACUUGAAUGAGGCCUGGAAACAGCAACUGCAGCCCAAGCAGGACUGACCACCUGACAAACUCUUAUCUGACAGUCUGAAGUCCCUUUUCCAUUAAGUUUAUUUUACAGCAUUUUUUUAUUCUUCACAACAGAUACUUUCCCUAAGGAUCUUAAACUGAUUUUUUUAAAUCUUGUAAAUUAAAAGGGUAUUUUCUGUGUCAAUCUUAAUUUUAAAUAUGGGUACAAAAAAAAGCAUAUGCCGAACCAAUCAAAGACAAGCUUUAACUUUACUUUGAAGAUGUUUCUGAAAUAAUUAAAUGUAACCCUAGCCCCCUCCCCUCAAUGGUAAAGUGAGCAACCAUUGCUAGUAAUUUUCCAAUGUGUAUGAAUUCAAUUCAGGUAUAACAAAUGUGAUCAUGACAUGAAAAUAUUUUAGAAUAGAUACUGUAUUAAAUAUUGCCAUGUUUACAAUAUGUAAUGUUUUUAGCCAAUGGAUUUAAACAUGUAGAGUCACCUAGAAUCCAUUUAUGUGAUAUUUGUAAAUAAAGGUAGAAAUAUUGGAUCCAACCCUGCAAAACUUACUGCACAGUUUAGUUGAAGUGUAGCAAUGAAGAAUUGUCAGCUCAACAUUAACUGAAGAAAUAGUGAAAGUAGUAGGUCCAUACAGAGCAUCUUGUGAAAAGUACUGGCAGCUGUAAAAGUCCAGCACUGACAGCCAAAAUAAUAAGAUGGUUGGUUCCUUUUCAUGUCCUUCCUCUGAAAGGGAGAAACUGUUUGGACAUUCAAGUCAAACAUCAGUUAUAACCUUACAGAAUAAGUCAUGUGACCGAACCAUCAAGUCCAAGGCUUCAGGACACUAGAGAUGGGAAAAUGGGUAGAUUUCUUUGGAGAAAAGCUGGAAAUAUUAAUAUGGCAUUUUAAGAUACAGUCUCUUGGAACAGUUGAAUUUUCACACAGACAUUUGUCCUUAAUAUUGGUGCCAGUCAACCAAACAGUAUUAUGGCUCUGAAAUAACCAGUAUAACCUAGUUGCUCCCAAGUACGAUUGCUCUUGGGUAGCUGUGUAGUGUUUUCCCUGUUUCUUUCUGCACUAAUUGGAUGUCUGGUUUAAUUGUUUUAGAGUCAAACAUUAGAUUUGUAAACUUUAGGGCUGACGCGCUCGCUGCUCAAUUUGCCUAACUGGGAGGCAUACUACAGUAGAAAUAUGUGAAGGUGAAAUGCAAUAGUGUCAUUACUCUUUCUGAUAACUACACAAAUGCAGGCUUUUUAAAAGUGAUUUGAAUACACCCAGCUGAAAUUGUGACAGUAUGUUUCUAUGGUUAACAUCUUACGUCAAAAUGUUAAAGUGCCUUCUGUCUUAAAUCUCAAACCAAAUAUUGUGUUGCACUUGGGCAGAAGUUGUCCUUCCUUCCUUCCUUAGCAUAAAGUACACAGCUUGCAUUCUAUAGAAAGGUUCUGUAUGAUCGUUUUAUCCCUUAGAUUGAGAAGGAGUAGCAAUGUUUUGCUUCCAAUUAGAUUAAUCAUUAUGUUAAAAAUAGACCCGUAAAUUGAGUGCUUUAUUCACCUUCUUUUUGAUGGGAGGGGUCAGGCUCUGCUCUGUAAACGUAUGUUUAGUCAGCCACUGUUUCCAACUACUGUCAUAAUUGAUGCAACGUAUUCUGGCCCAAGGCAGGUAUAAAAUCUCAAUCGUAAUGACCUAUUAAGGAGUUCGGAUCAGUUUGGUAAGAUAGCUCAAUUCAGAUUUCAUCCAGGCUGAUGUUUUCCCAUAAAUGUGAAUAUUUCAAUGCCUACUUUAUGUGUGUAUUGUUCUUAUUUCUAUAAAGAACUGUAGAAAGCAUUGAUUAGAUGUCUCGUGUUUAUGGAUGAACAAGUCCUAAUAUUGAAGUUGAACUGUACAAUGAAGUCGUGUGUUAACAGUGCUUCAGUUCUACCAAGCUGUUUACUGCUUCUCUUUUCUCACUAGUGUGGACAUGGCCUAAGGGUUGAUACCUCUGUGGUAUAUAGAACACUGGUAGUGCUAAAAGGUCCUCGUGUCCCAAUUUAAAAUGGUUUUUCAUGAUAUUUUGGAUCAAUCAGCAGAGUAUACUUAAAGCUUGUCUUGAUGUUGCAUUCUUGUAAAUGUAUACAACUCAAUGAGAAAAUGUACACAUGUUCAGCCAGACCCUUCAAGUUUUCCUUGCUUUCCUGGGGGGAAAACACCACUGUUUCCGUUGUAUAAAAAAUGUUGCCACGUUCUUCUGACCCAGAAUUAAUAUCCUUUUUCUCAUUGAGCGAUGAGUUACCAGCACUGUGGUGCCAGCACCUCAGUGAGCGGCAGACCCUGGUGGGUGUCACUGGGUAUCGCUGCCUCAGAAGAAUCCAGGCUCCCCUACAUUGUCUAUGCCCCUGCAGAAGGGGGGACACCAUGUUAUAAAUUUGAGGAUUAUUGUGACUCUCUUAGACCGAAUAUUCAAACACUGCAAAAUUACUAGCCACCAGCAUUGGAGAGCAGAUAGGGGGAAAAUUGAAUUUGUUUUUGGCAGUAAUUCCAUGUUUCUUGGUUUCUGAAAUGAUUUGUGACAAAUUAAGCCUCUUAUUUACUUGUCACAUCAUUUGAAGAAAUAAGAGAACUUGUGGUUAGAUGACAGUUAGAUGACAAUUUCUAGGCAAUCUAGGUGGUUUGGAGAAUUUCAUUUGGUUUUUCAUUGCAUCUAGUUGCUGUCAGUGAGGGUAAACUUCUGGUGAAAUAACUCAGGUUUAACUAGCUGUGUGCCAGGAAUUACUUUUACUUGAUGUAUGUACCCUCCUUAAAUCAUUACUUUUAAAGAUGGUGAAAGCAUUGAAUAUUUUCAUGUGAAGACACAAAGAUCUGUCAUUUGGUACAAGGGAUCUCUGGGCCUAUUGGUAGGAUAGAGGACCAAGACUACACUGAAAUUAAAACUAUUUGUUGGCUUUAGUUUGCUUGUAUUUCUAUUUAUUUUUAAGACUCAUCAACAAAAAUGCAGUUAUCUUCAGCAGUUACUUCCUAACUUGGAUUGGUACCACUACUGACAGAUCUUGAAAAUCAGUAUUAAUUAAACAGAUGCCAACAGAAAACCAACUAUCAUUUUUGGUAACCUAUUUGGGAAGGAGUACCUAAAUGCAACCUUUGUCCUCAUGUAUUUUCCCUCCACAUGCAAGUACUACAACAUCUCUAUUCAGACGUGUUAGUCAGCACUUAGGAUCCCUAAUCUGUGAGAACUACCCUUCAAUAAAACAAAAGGGACAGGGUGUGAGUCCAUACUACUUUGGUUCAACAUGUUUUUGACAAAUUAGCCCAGAAAAGGUGAAAUGUUUUGUUAUAAAACUAUUAAGCAUGGCCUAAGUAUGAGGUAUAUGAUCUGUAUAGUAUGUUCCAUCAAAGAUAUUUAUUACUAGUGCUUUACACUCCAGAGUAAACAUUCAUUUAAAAUGGAGUUCACUGGGCAGAUUUCCCCUUUAAAUAUAGACAGGAAUAUUCUUUAUCAGAGAUUUAGGACACAGAUUUGCUAACUGGUAAAAACAAAUGUAAAUAUGUAAGAAUGUUUAUUUGUUGCACAUAACUUUUUUGGUAUAAAAUAAAUGUAGAAGUUAACAGUGUAAA